AUUUUUGAUAAAAACUCGUUCUGUAAUCUCAUUUGUUCUCCUAUAAAUUAAUUUUGGGUUUGAGAAGUAAGUGAUUGAAUUUAGACUGGGGGUUUUGGGUUUAAGCUAAAAGAAGCGAUUUUAUCUGAUACCCUUUGAUUUCCUCUUCUUCUUCUGUCUCCAAAUUGAAGCGACUGUGCAGUUCUUGGCGGCUGUGGCAAAAUGGGGGAAGGGGGAAAUGCAGUUCAAGAUUCAGCAGUCCAAACGACAUCGUUGGAGAACAUUGAGGCCUUGCUGGAGGCUGCUAGAUACGAUGACAUGGAUGACACUGUAAGCUUAGCAUCUGCUGGUGUUUCUCUCGAUUCUAAGGAUUCUCAGGGCCGAACAGCACUACAUAUGGCUUCUGCUAAUGGACAUCUUGACAUUGUGGAGUAUCUUAUCAGUAGAGGAGUGGAUCUUAAUGCUACAAAUGAGGAGAUGAAUACACCUCUACAUUGGGCUUGCCUGAAUGGACAUGUUGAGGUGGUUAAGAAAUUGAUCUUUGCAGGAGCUAAUCUUAGUGUACUAAACAGCUAUGAGAGGACUCCAAUUGAUGAAGCUGUGACCAGGGGAAAGAUGGAUGUUCUUGAUGCCAUUAAUGCAGCAGCUGCCCAAGUAGAGCUGACUGGCGUCAGCAUGUCCUAAUGUAUUGAGUACCUAACGAAAAGUGGGAGCCAUGACAAAAUUUAUAGAUGUUAUCUUCUUGUAGAUUGCAAAGUUUAGAUAUGAAACUUUUGGUAAUAGCUAUAGAGGAUUGCAACUGUUUGCUAAAGUAGUGUGAUGCUAAUCAGUCUCCAUAUCUCAAAUUUUAAUGUGCAGCGCUUCAGUGAUGUCAAAAAUGAAAUGUUGUGUUGUCUAUG